GGGUAAAAACGUAAAUUAACCCCAAACCACCGCCGCAGAAUAAAUCUUCAGUUCCUCCAUGCCCAGAGAUCAAAUCUCACUCUCUUGACACUUUCGUCGACGAUCUACUCUACCAACGGUCAAAGCUUGUGUCUUUCUCCGGCCAUUCUCUUUCUCCGGAGAUCAUUAGCUAUUUGAUCAACAAGUUGCCUCUCCCUUCCUGAUUAUCGCAACAUGACAGCCAUUGAUGCUGUUACCUCAAAACUUGACAAAUCCGGCAAAAUCUUCGUCGCCGGCCACCGCGGCCUAGUCGGAUCUGCAAUCGUACGCCGCCUGAGAGCCGUCGGCUACAACAAUCUCAUCCUCCGGUCACACACCGAACUAGAUCUCACCAACCAAUCCGCAGUCAAAACCUUCUUCUCUCUCGAAAAACCUCAAUACGUGAUCCUCGCAGCCGCCAAAGUCGGUGGAAUCCACGCCAACAGCACCUACCCCGCCGAUUUCAUCACCAUCAACCUCCAAAUCCAAACAAACGUAAUCGACUCCGCCUAUCGUUAUGGUACCAAAAAACUCCUCUUCUUAGGUUCUUCCUGCAUCUACCCUAAACACGCUCCCCAACCCAUCCCAGAAUCUUCUCUUCUCACCGGACCUCUAGAACCCACCAACGAAUGGUACGCCGUAGCCAAAAUCGCCGGAAUCAAGAUGUGUCAAGCGUAUAGGAUUCAACACAACUGGGACGCGAUCUCCGCCAUGCCUACAAACUUAUAUGGUCCGAAUGAUAACUUCCACCCGGAAAACUCCCAUGUGUUGCCGGCGUUGAUGAGGAGGUUUCAUGAGGCGAAGGUGGCGGGAGGGAAGGAGGUGGUGGUGUGGGGGAGUGGGGCGGCGUUACGUGAGUUUUUACAUGUUGAUGAUUUGGCGGAUUCAGUGGUGUUUCUGUUGGAGAAUUAUUCGGAUUUAGGGCAUGUGAAUGUGGGAAGUGGGAAGGAGGUUUCAAUUAAGGAACUUGCAGAAAUGGUGAAAGAGGUUGUGGGAUUUGAAGGGGAGAUUGUUUGGGAUAAAUCUAAACCUGAUGGGACUCCAAGGAAGCUUAUGGAUUGUUCUACGAUUGCGAAGAUGGGUUGGGAACCCAAGAUUUCUUUACGUGAUGGGCUUGUUGGGACUUAUGAAUGGUAUGUUGGAAAUGUGGUCAAACAAUGACACAAAAAGUCAAAACUCUUGGUAAGUUAGUAAUAAACUUGUUUUUGGCUUUUUGCUAUCGUUAUGAUUAUUGAUAUUGAGAUUUUUAUGUUGUAUUAUUGUGAAGAAUGAGUUAUUAUGUUACUUGAAACAGUUUAUAAUGAAAUACACUCAAGACUAUGCUGCUGCUA